UUUGGAUUGUGGGGAAUUGUACACAGUGAGCAAACGAGCUGGACAUGUACUGAUAUAGCAUACUUCUAACUUCCAUGCAAUAUAAUUUUCCACCUUCCAUGUAUAUAUUAUAUCCUUUCAAGUACUCAAGUAAACUUUCUCAUCAACAUAUUCAUUCCGUAUUUUUGCUUUCGUAGCAAUUUUCUGUCCUUACCUGGUGUUGUCUACAUUCGUUCAGUAUUUUACACUCUCAUUUAUAUUCCGAAAUUUUCAAUCCUUUUGGAAUACUUUGAAGAACAAAAUGAAGCUUCUACCGUUUCUCUUAACAACAGGCCUACUUGGUCAGGCGAUGGCUGUUAGCAUGAGCAGUCGUUUUACGGUUUCGUCAACUUGUUCGACCUCUAAGGUUGAUGACAUGUUGACGGAAACAAUCGAAAUGGUAAAUAGUGCCAUUCAAGGAAUUGAUAGUCUGCUUAAUGCCGGAGUCAAACUCAACCCUAAUGUUGCCUCCAGUGGAAUGAAAGCUCUCACGAAAGCUGCUACCACAGCUUGGGGAGUUUCAGAACCUAAGUGGUGGUCAUAUUCAUUAAGUGCAGUUGAUAUUGCUCAACUAAAAGCAGCGCAAGGUAUGAAUGGCCGUUUUGAAGCGGAAAUUAAUCAAAACAAAACUAAUAUAAUAUAGGAAAUUAUCAGAAACUUUAUGCAGCUUUGAACUCUGGCACUGGAAUGACCGCAAGCCAGAACACAUUAUUCUGUGAUGAUUCGACAUUGAAAUGGACCACUGUAUGAUUCCCUCAACAGCAGUAGAGAUAUAAUAACUAACAAUCUCCAUAGAAAGCCAUUGAUAUCUUCCCCGAUGGUGGUACCAUGACGACUGAAGAAUACUGUAAGUAAUAAAUGGACAGCAUCAUGAAGCACUAGCUAAUGAAUCAUCUCCAGUCGUGGCUCAAGGUUACAGUGACACCAGCGUUGUCAAGGGAUUAUGGAAGGACCCGGACCACAAACGUGGAAAAAACUACAACUUCAUUAUUGACGAAUAUAACGGAGGCCAAAUGUGUGGUUCAAAGUCUGCUGAAGCCAUCACAUACUGGCAAAGCGGAAAUAUGUUCCUGUGUCCCAACGCAUUCAAUAAUGCCAACUACAAAACUAGCUUGAAAAGCAUGAGGACUUCGACAGCUCAAGUUCUAUGGAAUGAUGUUCGAUCACUUCCUGGAACUUUCUUGCAUGAAAUGAUGCAUUUCCUUGACUUGAAACCACAUGGUAAGUCUUCGUGUUUUUGGAUUAGCUAGAUCUUGCUAAUAAGAAAUAUAGUCAUCGAUCAUACAGUUACUGGUGACAAGGGGGGACAAGUUGCAGCUUAUGGUCUGAUUGCAGUCUGGAUGUUGGGCGGUCAAGCUGGACAAGAAACGGUAGACAGAUCGAAGGCUUUAACGAAUGCUGAUUCUUAUAAUGUUUUUGCAACAAUGGCAUAUCUUCAGUCAGCAGAAUUUUUGGGUUAAACGGAAAAAUAGGAGGAAAUGGACGGGGGAGUAUGUAGGAAAGGAGACCAUGUAAUGUUCAUCUUUUUUUCCGGUACUUUUUGCC